AUGCAUGAUUUGGUGCGGGAUUUGACCAUCAUGAUUGCUCAAAAUGAGUCAUUUUGUGGCUUUGAAAGAGGCAGACAAAAAUGGACGCCAGAUUCACUUUGGUUUGGAAUCAUUAACGAGGCAGAUGCAAAUUCCUUGAAAAGCAGUUUGAAGCUCAGAGCAUUGUUACUGAUGUCAAGAAGUGAAGUUCCACUCCAUAAGUAUAUGGAGCCUCUCCUUGUGCUUAGAGUUUUGGAUCUUUCUCACAGUAAGCUUGAAAAUGUCAAUAUGGAGGAACUCCUGUGCUGGAUUUGUUCUCUUAAACGCCUCGCAGUUCUGAAUCUAAGUGGCGCAGCAGGCCUUAAAGUACUACCACGUUCAAUCAGAAAACUUCGGAACCUCCGGAUUUUGGUCUUAAGUGGAUGCAACAAUCUUGUCAAGCUACACCCAUCAAUCAUUAUGUUGAAGAUGCUAAUGAUCUUGGACCUUGGAUUUUGCGGUCUUCAGUAUCUACCUUGUGGACUGGCUCAGCUAUCACAUAUGCAGGAACUAUCAGGUUUCAAGGUGGUGGGUAAGGCUAACAAGAGAAGCUGUCAAGUCCUUGAGCUUCAGCAAUUGACUGAGCUACAAGUCCUGCGAUUGAAUUUAAGUGAUGAAAGUGAACUCUCAGAAGAAAAGUGCAUGAUUUUCUUGAAGCUUGAGAAACUUAAGGUUCUUGCUAUUAAUAUGGAAGAUGUUAAGUAA